AUGUCCUCACCUCGCGGAAGCCACCGCCGGCUCGGUGACCGUGGGGACGGCGACUCGGCGGUGAUGUUUGCUCCGAACGGGGCAUCUCGAUCCAAAAUCACCGGCGAACUACUCGACGUAGCUGAUGCCUCCUUACGCAGUCAGCAACCGUGUGAGGAGGAGCGUCAUGUGGGAGGCACUGCUGAGCCUGCAUCUCCUCAACCGCUGCAAGAACAGGGGUCGUCCUGCACUGCCACUUCCUCGCUCUCCCUGCAUCCGGAGGCAGUUGCUCAUGACACCACUGACGUCUCGCCAACAUCAAGGCACUCUUCUACUGGGUCAACCUUCUGGGCCUGGCUAAGACAAGAUUGGGGCUUGAAAUUUUUCAUCAGGGUUGAUAUUGAGGGAUCUUUCCAUGCAUACCCUGCUGUGGGUGGGCCAUUUCAGAGCUUGCAGGAAGCUGAGGAUGCUAUCGAUCGCCAUCUUCAGAGCCGCCAGGUUCAAAAAAUGUGCAUGGAACAAGCUGGGGUUUCUCGAGUGGAGAUGGCUAUACGAACAUGUCUUUACUGGCCUGAUGGCACUAGGAAGAAGUGUUCCCAAUCGCAAGCAAUUGAGAGAUGCCGUGAGGAAAGGCGACUAUUUGCUCAAGUUUUAGUGGAAAAUUAUAAUAUGGAUCACAAUCUUGGGGUUUGCUCUCUCUCCCUACCUCCCGUUGUUGCCCUGAUACCAGGGUUGCACUUGGUCUUAUUGACAUAUUCAUGUGACAGCUACUGAUCUGGUCAAUGCUUAUGUUAGGAUAAUGCAUAUGAACUAAAAGAUAUUGUGCAUUACAAAUUAAUUGUUGAGAACUACCAAAGGUUGUACUAUCAUUUCAAUUUCACUGCGAAGACUAGAGGAGCUGAAGAUUGUGGCGUGGAAAAUCUAUUCUUUGCUGAGGUCAUGAGCAUGCGACAAGGAGAACAUGAAGAUUUAGUGGUUAGCUGUUUCUGCAUGGUUAAGUCCAGCGAUAAUGGUAUUUAUACUCUUAUCUUAGAUUAAGUAUUUUUCUAAUACAACUUUGGGGUCGCACUAACUUGAAAUUUUCUGGUAUAUACAUUCAUAAAUGUGUUUCUAGCUCUCAUAUAUGAUCUUUACUUUAUUGACCUGUUUGUCUCGUCCAUUAUUGUUGAGUGUUACAUCUUUGGUGUCUCAAAUUGGUUCAUGCACAAGCAGCCAUGUAUAAU